AUGAGCUCGAGCUCAAUUCAUCUAUCAAACGAGUUGCGAAUCGAUUGUGAGCUCACAAUCGACUCAUUACUUUUACCAGCCUCUUCCUCGUCCUCCAUAGUAUCACACAACACCCUCCCUUUAGUCUCCGGCAACCAAAUCACAAACAACCCGCACGCCAAAAUCGUCACCCCAAACACACCGUACGACAAGAACCACUUCCCCCCGUUAGCCGCUGCCGCCACCACCAACGGUCCCAGAAACCCGCCGAGCAAAAUCGCCUCCCUCACCACCGACACGGCCGAGUUUCUCACGCAUGUCGGGAAAAGCUCGAGCACGUACACCAAGAGCACGUCGAAGGCCAUAUUCGCCCCGAAAAACGAAAGCAACUCGAAUCCCAUCUUCAACCACCCGUUGGACCCCACCAAAACCACCCCGACAACGUUGCAAACCCCGCUUAGCACGCACAACCCGAUCAUCAACGCCUUCCUCCUCAUCCUCCCGAUCACGGGAAGUAGGGCUGCAGACGAGAGGAGCCCGAAAACCGCGUUCAUCCCAACACUCAAGUAUAGAUUUUCAGGUAAACUCCCGAGGCCCAACGGCAUCCCGUAG